CAAAUUUCGAGCACACCCCGCAACAACACCACACAAUCGAUAGAAGGCCAAGAUGGGAGAUAUUCUGCUGCGAUUCCUUCGCACGACUUUGCCCGAUGAGCUCGCUGCAGUACUCCAAGAUGUUCUGAAAGCGACAGAAAGCGCCGACCUUGUUACACUGAGUCAACUACCAGACGUUCAGAUCCUAUUGGGUCACCAAGACAACGAUGCAACCAGGAAUGUCAAGAAAGAAAACUUCGCAUUAUGGAGCGAUUACAUUUUCCACCGACUAGGCUUGUUAUUCCCAUUUCGGACUGAAGAGGAGGGGACACCAAUCAAAGAAACAUUGCAGUACCGCGUUCAUCUGCUAUGGGCAGUAGCUGUCGCAUCACUGAAUGCCUUUGUGCAGUCGACCGUGACUGGACCGCCGCUGUCGUAUAAGCCUUCUGAUGUUCUGUUUACCAAAGAUGUGUCUGGAGACGCCAUCGCAGUCCGUAAGCUUCAGCAAGAAUUGAUCGCGUCACUCAGCUUGGAUGGAAUCGCUGCAUACAAGCUUACCCCGAACAUUGAGUUAUUGUGUUUGGCAGACACCAUCCUAAUCAACCCGAUCUUCCAGAAGUUCAUCCCGCUAUCAACAUGGGCGCGCUUGAGGGUAAGCUUCACGUAUCAAAGGUUGCUCAGUGAGCCUGCCCCAAGCUUGCAAACCACAAUUUACGACGAUUUGCAAGACGUUGAAAAGUUGGUCAAAAACUCUGGCGAAGACCAAACAAUUCCGGAUCUGCUUCCAAGCUUCCUGUUAGAGAGAGCAGCUGUACACACGCAUCACGGCCUGGACAAGCAAGCAAGAGCCGAUUUGGACCAGGCGACCGCGGAGCGCAAGUUUGAGUUUGCGUUGACUGGUUUGAUGGGAAAGAGGACAAAGUUCCAGCAGAAAGACACCAGCCAAUUGCUUGUGCUGGCCAGAAGCGCAGGAACAGAAGUAAAAGCUUCAAGUACAGAAGCGUCAGGACCGAAAGCGCUGGAUCUGAACGAUGACACGCUACACGAGACGAUCCAGUUCACAGAAAAGGUUGCGUCUAUGGAUAUCCAGGAUGAAUCCAAGCUGCCACCCGGCCUUGCAAACUUGGAGCCUGCCAAUCAGCCGCUUCUAGAGCCGUUGGAUUCCGUGAUCUUACUUUCGCUGGCUGAGAGCAUUAAGAACACCAACCCGGUCGACGGCAUUACAAGAGAGCAGACAGUUCCCUACGCCGAACGUGUUCUUGAAGGCGGUUCCUCAAACUGGCAGGUCUAUACACAUGCCUUGCUUGUGCGCAGUAGGAUCGAGGGUUACAAAACUAGGACGAUGGAACGUGGACUUCUUCAACUUCAGGCGCUUGUAGACCAAGUCAUUGCUGAGACUUCUGGAGAGGCGACUUCGGAUGCAGAGACAGGCGAGAAAGUGACCGCCUUCUUGCCAGGCGCAAAAGAAGGGGAAUCGGCACCAGUAGAAGACCGUCUGAAGUACGUCUUUGCUCUCUGCUCGCCGUCAAGAUGGGAGCUUGAGGCUGAACUUGCUGCUCGCUGGGUUCAUAUCGGUGGUUUACGCUCUGCUCUCGAUAUCUAUGAGCGAUUGGAGAUGUGGGCCGAGGCAUCACUCUGCUACGCUGCUACAGACAAGGAGGAAAAAGCACGCCGUAUGAUUCGGAGACAGCUCUUCCAUGCUACCUCCGGCGACGACACAACUGCAGAUCUUGACUCAGAUACAUGGGAGGGCGCGGCACGAAGCCCACCGCCUACCGAAGCCCCCCGUUAUUACUGCAUUCUCGGCGAUCUCGAUAGCGACCUCGCUAUGUACGAGAAGGCAUGGGAAGUGUCUGGCAAGCGUUAUGCCCGUGCCCAACGCUCCCUUGGUCAACGUUAUAUCACGCAACGAGAUUAUGAGAAGGCCGCAGAAGCAUAUCAGUUGGCGAUCAAGUGUAACGCCCUCAAUCACCCGGCGUGGUUUGCCUUGGGAUGCGCAUAUCUUGAGUUGAAGCAGUUCAAGAACGCUGUGGAAGCAUUCAGCCGCUGUGUCCAACUGGACGAGACAGAUGCUGAAGCAUGGUCCAACUUGGCUGCGUCACUUCUUCACUUGCGUCCCAAGACGCGAACACCAGAAGAGGAGGCGGCAGAAGGUAAGGUCACAUCUCAGCCUCGUACCGACGCCCUGAAAGCCUUCAAACGUGCUGCAACACUCAAGCACGACAACUACCGGAUCUGGUCCAACGUUCUUGCUGUCGCCGCAUCUACAGACCCACCCAGCUUCGCCGACAUCGUCACCGCGCAGCGCCGCAUCUGUGAGCUCCGCGGUUCCACCGACGGCGAGAAAUGCGUCGACGAUGAGAUCCUGGACCUGCUCAUCAAACACCUUGUGCAAACUAAGCCAGACACUGGUCUGGACCUGAGCACCCCCGGCGUGCCCCGCCUCACCAGCGAGCUUAUCGAGAAACACAUCAAGCCACUCAUCACAUUCAGCCCCAAACUUUGGGCCGUGCUGGCGACACUGUAUAUGCACAGCGGUCGCCCGACAAGCGCACUCGAGUGCCACGAGAAAGCGUGGCGCGCAGUAACAAGCCAGCCGAAGUGGGAGGACCAGGAUGAGAAAGUGUGGACCGCAGUUGCGCAGCAGACGAUCGACCUUGUUGAUGCGUACGAGACGCUUGGGCCGCGAGACAGGACUGAGGGGCUCGCGGCGGGAAGUGGCGAGUUGGUCGCAAAGGACUGGAAGUUUAAGGCGCGCAGCGCGAUUCGUAGCGUAAUGGGCAAGGGCAAGGAGAUGUGGGAGGAUAGCAAGGGGUGGGAGCUGCUGACUGAGCGUAUGGAAGAGUUGAAGAGUGCAUAGAGAGAAAAGUGCUGAAAGCCAAUUAUACCACAUUUUACUGCAUUGCUGGGGUCGCUUUCUUUAGUCAUGGUUUAGGGCAUUUGACAAAAUAGAGGAGUAUGUAAACCCUCCGAAUUAGUAAAUUUCGGAAAAUGAUGACGAGAAAUCAACGAAGAUGAGUA